UUCACUUUUCAAAACCUGCCCGCCAUCUUGCGUAUGCCGUACACUUCAGGCAGGUAAACGUUUGUUUAUUGAACAGCUUAGGAACGACAUUUGAAAUUAUUUCGUCUGGAUAUAACUUUUUGUGACUCCUGGGAACCCAAAAAUAUAAAGGAUGGACACUCGCUUUGCUCACAUGUACAAGCGGGACAGCAGUGUCUCUUUGAUCAGGCUGAAGAUGUCCAGACGCAGGUCUCAGUCUCAGAAAGAGAAUCGAGAGAAGAUACAGAACCUUCGCAGACACCUCGACCAGCUUCCGGAAAUGGAGCUCUCAAUGGAUGCAUCCAGCAUCAUGGCCACACAAGAGAAUGAACCCAAAACAAAGACGGCUAAAGAUGUGAAUUCUGCGGCUGAGGAGCGAAAGAAGAUGCUCGCUCGCUACAAAGAAAACAAGAUAUUGCAGAAAGAGAAGGAAAAGAGGGAGAAAGAGAAGAAAGGUGUGUUUAAGGUGGGCCUGUAUAAGCCACAGCCACUUGGGUAUCUGCCGUUAAACUCUGCUGCACCAGGCAGAGCAAAGAUCACAGAGCCUAACCAGUCCACAAGAGUGACCCGCUCAAUGAUGCACAAUCAAAAGCCAACAACUGAAAGACAAGCUGUUCCAAAGAAAGUGGAGACAGCACCAACCACAAGAGCUCCAAUCAAGAACAACCCGAAAGCUUCAAACGCUACAAAAGGCAGAGUAGCCACAGUUGAACCACACCUGAGAGCUCCAACCACCAGAUCAUCUUCUAAAACAACACUGGCAGCUGUGGCUAAACCAGUUGCUGAUUCUAGGGUGCCAAAAACAAGAUCAACUGUCAAGUGUCCUGCAGCGCUCUCUUCAGGCAGAGGGAAAGCCAUACAAGGAAACACCAAGGCAAAUGCUGGAAAUGAACCUGCUGAGAAAAAGGACACUGCAGUUGAUUCCAUAUAUCCUGAGGACAAGGAGGAACCAAAAGUGGCUCCCUCCUCAUUUGCCCCUCAGGGCUUUGUGUUCCAAGCUCCUGUUGGUCUGAGGUCCUUCCAGCCUGCACCCCUCUCUCCACGCACAGCCAGUGCUUUCCUCUCACCGAGCUUUACUUCUGAGCCUAGCAUGGAGCCCAUCUUCCCCCCUCCCCCAAAACCUGCUCUUUCUGCUCCUUCCCUCUCCUCUCCUCCACCUUCUCUAUGUACUCCUCCACUAGAUCAUUCCUCCUCUCCCCAAAAACAUGUUCUCUGUGCUCCCUACAUAUCCUCCUGUCCUCCCUCUCUGUCCUCUCCCCCUUCUGCUCCCUCCUCCCCUCAGCUAUCCACUUCUACUUCACCAUCGCCACCCUUGGUCCCCUUGGAGCCUCAGCAUGAUGUUGCCUAUUUCAGGGCAGUGAUGGCCACUGAGACGGACCGCUUGACUGAGCUCUCCGAGUUUUGGGAGUCACGAUUUGAUGAUACUUCUAUCCCAGAGGAGAUAAGAGAUCUGAUGCGCACAGCAGUGGGUCAGGCCAGACUGUUGAUUAAGGAGCGUUUUGGACAGUUCAGUGGGCUGGUGGAUGACUGUGACUUGGGUCGCGGAGAGAAAAUAACCACCUGCACUGACUUGCAGGGCUUCUGGGACAUGGUUUACUUUCAGGUGGAAGAUGUUAACAAGAAAUUUAAUGCUUUGAAAGAGGCAGAAGCAAGGGACUGGAAAGAGGCAGAAGACAAGCUUGCCCCCAGAAAAAGAGUGGUCAAAAAGCCUCCUGUUGCAAGAGGGAAGGCUGGAGCAGGUGGAGGUGCCAGCACUGCAGCUAAGAGUCGACUGGCUGCUGUAAAGGCUGCCAUGAGAGCCAAGCAAGCUGCUGAACAGAAAGCUACUGAAACUUCAGGCAACAAUCAGGAUGACUCGAGCGCUGUCACUGCGGCCCCUGCCAAUACACUUCCUGCACAGUCUGUGGUGUUUCAUGGAGGCUUCUUCCAGGUGGAAAGCCCAGUCAAACCAUUAGGGACUGUUAGAAGAUCGUCUCGAAUCAGUGCAGUUCCUUCACCCCAUGGUUCUAAGUUCAACACACCAGGCAGACAGUGCAGAUCUAAUGCAGUCUUUCGUGGCUCUCCUAUACCCUGCAUAUCUCUACCCACCACAACUACUCUAAACCUUCAACCCGAUGUAUUACCCGUCUCCACCCCUCAACAUUCUGCUGAGCUCCAGCCACAGUCGCCCAAAGCCCCUCAGAUCAGCCCUGAACACAAACAAACCGCACACGUUUUGCCAGACACCGAGCCCUGCGCCAGCAACCAACCUCAUUUUGAUUUGCACACCAUCCAUGCCUUACACAUCAGUGGACCAGCUAACAGUCCAGCGGACCAAUCACAUGUUACAGUAAAGUCCCAUGACUCAGCCAGCCAAUCUGAAACAGAUCCAGCUGUUGAUUCUUCAGAACCUUGCCCUCAGAUUGAGGACUGUAUUCCAGAAUCUAAGUUGUUUAGCCCUUCCUCCAAAGAGAAAACAGAUGAGAACAUGAUUUCUGAAGAUGGUUUGCCUAUCCCAGCUGGAGCAGAUGCCUGUCCAGGUGCUCUUCCCCCGUGCUCAUCCCACGACUCCGAAGCAGUGGAUGCAGAGCUCAGUGUUUGUGCCCCUUCCUUCCCUACCCUGAUGCCCUCCACACCAACCAAAGAUCUCCCCAUUUCUACAGCAUUUAGUAAUGAUGUUGCUUGUGAUGGCUCUCCAACCAGUACAGAUGUUGAAAUGACUGGAAAUCAAGAUGCUGAGGGUGCUGUUGGUUUGGACAUCGAGCGUUACCUGCAGCCCACAGUUGGAUACAGCAUGUCUCCAGUACAGAGUCAUGCAGAAGAGAGGCUCUCUCUAGGGAUAGUAGAUGCUGAGAUGGAGAGCCCUGUAUCUCAAGCAGAAGAGCACACUCUGGAUAUUUUGGCAACACCUACAGCACUUCCCAGAAUGGUGUUCACACCCCAGACAUAUCAGAUGUCAGACAAUCUGUUUCUGUUCACCCAGGAGCAGGAGAGAGUGAGACAGUCGGUGUGUGAACGCGACCUGAUCACAUUCACACCUCCCACAAAUAAAUAAGAGCACAUCCAUUUACUGUUUGAAUGUGGAUAUUUUUUAUUUUAUUUCUUUUUUGUUGGAUUAGAUGCCUUUAAUACUUGUUGUUUUGAUACUUAUUUUUUGUACUUUAUAUUGAGCAUGUUUAGAUAAGCAGUUUUGGCCCAAGAAAAUAUUGUAUCUUAAGUCUUUUAAACAAUUGAGAAUUGUUGUCAAUUAAAUCAUAGGAAAAUACAACAUAAUUGUAUUCUGUGAAUUUAAUUCUUUUUCUUACUCUUGCUAUUGGAUGAGUUCUUUGAAGCAACAGAUGUGGUGGAGGUCACAGGGGUCAUGGCAGAAAGAGGCGAGUGAUUAAGAUCAUUGUCUGGAACUCUGCCCCUGUCUGUUUCCAUCUUCCUUUUCCUUGUCCCUUUUUUUCCACAGCCUCCAAUUGCUUAAUAUGUCUGAAACCAGUUCAAGUUAUCUUGUAAAUAAAAACACUGGACUCAA